GUUGCGGGCUGGAGGCGGGUCCUGGGGCUGUCAGUCGGCGCCCGCCGCCGCUGCUGCUCGCGCGCCGGGCCUCCGGAGCCGCCUCAGCCCAGCACAGGUGUUUAUGAAAAAAAUGCACAAUAUCCCGACUGACCGGAAAAAUUGAUGAAGAAGGGUGCUGGAUCCGUGGGUCAGAGAACACACAGGACCAGCUUGCCACCCCAAGGCAGAAGGCCUCUCUCCAACACAGCCUGGAAGGCCUUCAGAAGCCCUGGCCUAGCUUGACGAUGACACCACAGUGAGCUCUGGAUAGGAUCAGAGGCACAAACCAAGCCAUCUUGAAGUAGCUCAUGGAAGACUCCCCCGAGUCACGGGCCAGGCACAUUGUCCCUUCCUCAGGGAGGAGCGGUGAGUGAGCAGAGGCGUCACAGCAGGAGUGGACAUGAAUGCUGGCUUCCAGAGAGAGCAGCGGUUCAGUUUUGGUCAUCGAAAGUGGUGCCUGCAGCGCAGAAGAUCGUGAUUUCUCCUCCGAGGCUGUUAAUCUCCAGUACAGAACUCAAGGGGAGAAGAGGCCAGAGCAGAACUGCAUCCAGUGUGGCAUCUCUCCAGCCAGGACUGGAGAUGACAGGACACAUGUCUCCAACCUUCAGCUGUUCACAUAGCACACAGGGGACUCGUGGGGGCCACUUGUCACUGCCAAUCAAACCCACUCAAUGGCAAUACUGACAUCCUUCAUGCCGUUUUCAAGACAGACACUCAGGCAGAAAAUGCCAGUGUGCUUCCUGUCUGCAGAGUAAGGGGGUCAUGCCACACCAGUAUGAACAGUGUGGACCCCAGGACCUGCUCUGAGUCCACUUGCAGCCACUGACACUUGGAGAAAUAAAAAGCCCAACCCCCCAAAUCCAUCGUGGGGUUGACUUCCACAGCUCUUGACCAAUGUGGCCAAAGCUAGACACCUCGGGACACUUGGAUUAUUCAUAAAUGCGACCCACCACAAACUCUCUGAGUAGUAUCUGAAGUCUUGGGAAGGUCAUGGAUCCUGAACAAAGCAACAAGUGCACCAAGAAGGCUGAUGGAAGUCCCCGGAAGCGGCUGACCAAAGGAGAGGCUAUUCAGACUAGUGUUCCUUCCAGCGCCCCAUAUCCAGGCAGUGGCACCACUGCUCCCUCAGAGAGUGCCACCCAGGAGCUCCUAUCCCCCCAGCCUUUCUCAGGCCCCUCGGUGGUUCUUAGAGAAGGCUCUCAGGAGAAGACGGGCCAGCAGCAGAAUCCUCCCCGGAGGCCCUCCAUUGAGGCCACGGUCCACAUCCCACAGCUUCCGCAGCACCCUCUGACACCAGCAUUCAUGUCCCCGGGCAAACCAGAGCAUCUCCUAGAGGGGUCCACGUGGCAGCUGGUUGACCCCAUGAGACCUGGACCCUCAGGCUCCUUUGUGGCCCCUGGGCUGCAUCCACAGGGCCAGCUCCUCCCAUCCCAUGCUUCCAUCCUUCCUCCCGAGGACCUGCCUGGCAUCCCUAAGGUCUUUGUGCCCCGUCCUUCCCAGGUCUCCCUGAAGCCCACAGAAGAGGCACACAAGAAAGAGAGGAAACCACAGAAGCCAGGGAAGUAUAUCUGCCAGUACUGCAGCCGGCCCUGUGCCAAGCCCAGUGUGCUCCAGAAGCACAUCCGCUCACACACAGGCGAGAGGCCCUACCCCUGCGGCCCCUGCGGCUUCUCCUUCAAAACCAAGAGUAAUCUCUAUAAGCACAGGAAGUCCCAUGCCCACCGCAUCAAAGCCGGCCUGGCUUCCGGCUCCAGCAGUGAGAUGUACCCCCCUGGGCUGGAGAUGGAGAGGAUCCCAGGGGAAGAGUUUGAGGAGCCCACCGAGGGAGAAAGCACAGACUCCGAGGAGGAAACUGGUACCACAUCAGGUCCCCCCACAGAGGUUCUCCCCAAACCUAAGCAUCCCCUGCUCUCAAGCGGCUUAUACAGCUCUGGGAGCCAGAGUUCCAGCCAGGAACGCUGCUCCCUGUCCCAAUCAAGCACUGCCCCAUCACUGGAAGACCCCACCCCAUUUGCAGAAACCUCAUCAGAGCAUCCCCUGACCCAUAAACCGGAAGACACGCACACGAUCAAGCAGAAGCUGGCACUCCGCCUGAGUGAGAGGAAGAAGCUGAUCGAGGAGCAGACGUUCCUGAGCCCAGGGAGCAAAGGCAGCACGGAGUCGGGGUAUUUCUCACGCUCAGAAAGCGCUGAGCAGCAGGUCAGCCCCCCUAACACCAAUGCCAAAUCCUAUGCGGAGAUCAUCUUCGGCAAGUGUGGGCGGAUUGGACAGCGGACCUCCAUGCUGGCAUCCUCCCAGCCCCUCCUGCCCCUGUCUGCUGAAGACAAGCCCAGCUUGGUGCCUUUGUCUGUACCCCGGACACAGGUGAUUGAACACAUCACCAAGCUCAUCACCAUCAAUGAGGCCGUGGUGGAUACCAGCGAGAUUGACAGCGUGAAGCCCAGGAGAAGUUCUCUGACCAGGCGCAGCAGCGUGGAGUCCCCGAAAUCCAGCCUCUACCGGGAGUCACUAUCGUCCCAUGGGGAAAAGACGAAGCCGGAACAAUCGCUGCUGAGCCUCCAGCACCCGCCCAGCUCCACGCACCCUGUGCCUCUCCUGAGAAGCCACUCAAUGCCUUCUGCCGCCUGCACCAUCAGCACCCCCCACCACACCUUCCGUGGGAGCUACUCCUUCGAUGACCACAUUGCUGACCCCGAAGCCCCCACUCGCAGCAGUCCCAUGUUUACCUCCCACCCACGGAUGCUGAAACGCCAGCCAGCCAUUGAACUACCUUUGGGAGGUGAGUACAGUUCUGAGGAGCCUGGACCAAGCAGCAAAGACCCCACCUCUAAGCCCUCUGAUGAACCAGAAUCCAAGGAAAGCGACCUUACCAAAAAGACCAAGAAAGGGUUGAAAACAAAAGGCGUGAGCUAUGAAUGUACCAUCUGUGGUGCUCGGUACAAAAAGAGAGAGAAUUACGAAGCUCAUAAGAAGUACUACUGCUCUGAGCUCCAGAUCACAAAAGCCCACUCUGUAGGUGCUCACGAGGUUGAGAAGACUCAGGCUGAGCCUGAGCCUUGGUCCCAGAUGAUGCAUUACAAACUGGGGGCCACCCUGGAACUCACUCCACUGAGAAAAAGACGGAAGGAAAAGAGCCUUGGGGAUGAGGAGGAGCCACCUGCCUUUGGCAGUCCUGGCCCAUCAGACCCAGCUCGUCACCCUCCCCUGGAGUCCACCAAGUCACCAGCAGAACCAAGCAAAUCAGUUCCCUCCUUAGAGGGACCCACGGGCUUCCAGCCAAGGACUCCCAAGCCAGGGACUGGAUUAGAACCAGGGAAGGAGAGGAGAACAAUGUCCAAAGAAAUUUCCGUCAUCCAGCACACCAGCUCCUUUGAGAAAUCUGACUCACUGGAGCAGCCGAGCAGCCUGGAAGAAGACAAGCCCCUGGCCCAGUUCUCAUCCCCACCACCUGCCCCACAUGCCCCGCAUGGACGCUCGGCUCACUCCCUGCAGCCGAGGUUGGUCCGCCAGCCCAACAUUCAGGUUCCAGAGAUCCUGGUAACAGAAGAGCCGGACAGGCCAGACACAGAGCCCGAGCCACCCCCAAAAGAGCCCGAGAAGACAGAGGAAUUCCAGUGGCCCCAGCGUAGCCAGACGCUGGCACAGCUCCCAGCGGAGAAGCUGCCACCCAAGAAAAAGAGACUCCGCUUAGCCGAGAUGGCACAGUCCUCAGGGGAGUCUAGCUUUGAGUCCUCCGUGCCCCUGUCUCGAAGCCCAAGCCAGGAGAGCAGCAUCUCUCUGAGUGGCUCCAGCCGCUCGGCUUCAUUUGAUAGAGAGGAUCAUGGAAAAGCUGAAACCCCUGGGCCCUCAUUAGACACACGUUCCAAACCCUUGGGCACCCACAUGCUGACUGUCCCCAGCCACCACCCGCAUGCCCGAGAGAUGCGAAGGUCAGCCUCAGAGCAGAGCCCCAACGUGCCCCAUUCCUCACACAUGACUGAGACCCGAAGUAAAUCCUUUGACUAUGGCAGCUUGUCCCCGACAGGGCCAUCUGUAGCAGUGCCUGCAGCUCCGCCACCCCAAACGGCCCCGCCAGAAAGAAGAAAAUGCUUCCUGGUGAGACAGGCCUCCCUCAGCAGACCUCUGGAAGCAGAGCUGGAGGUUACCCCCAAGGGCAAACAAGAGAGCAGUGAGGAGCCCUCAGCCAGCAAGCCUUCCACCAAAAGCUCCAUGCCCCAGAUCUCCAUGGCUACCACACAAGGCGGGCCCUCAGGAGGCAAGAGCCAGAUGCAAGAGAGGCCCCCACUGGGGUCAAACCCACCCUACACGGAAGCCCUGCAAGUGUUCCGACCUCCUGGCACCCAGUUGCCCCCACCAGUCUCCCUCUUCUCCUUGCAGCACCUCUUGCCUCAGGAGCAAGAGCAGUCCUCUGAGUUCUUCCCCACUCAAGCAAUGGCCGGCCUCCUCUCCUCUCCAUACUCCAUGCCCCCACUCCCACCUUCCUUGUUCCAAGCCCCACCACUUCCUCUGCAGCCUACAGUGCUACACCCCAGCCAGCUCCAUCUCCCCCAGCUCCUGCCUCACCCUGCAGAUAUCUCCUUCCGGCAGCCCCCUUCCUUCCUUCCCAUGCCAUGCCCUGCCUCCUCAACCCUCUCUGGGUAUUUUCUGCCUCUGCAAUCCCAGUUUUCAUUGCAGCUUCCCGGUGAAAUAGAAAGCCACUUGCCCCCGAUCAAAACCAGCUUGGCCCCUCUAGCAACCGGACCUUCUGGCCCCUCCGGCCCCUCCAGCAGCACAGAAUACAGCAGUGCCAUCCAGCUGCCCCCUGUGACUCCUCCAGCUACUUCCCCAGCUCCCUCAUCAGCCCCAACAUUGGCCCUGCCUGCCUGUCCAGAUGCUAUGGUAUCACUGGUUGUUCCCGUCCGCAUCCAGACCCACAUGCCAUCCUAUGGGAGUGCCAUGUACACCACCUUGUCUCAGAUCUUGGUCACACAGUCUCAAGGAAGCUCAGCAAGUAUAGCUCUUACCAAGUAUGAGGAACCACCUUCCAAAGGGAUGGCUGUGUGUGGGACUGAUGUCUACGAAGCUGGGCCUGGGCCAUCUAGCAUAAGCAAGGAGCAAAGCAGAGGUUUCCAGACACCAUAUCUGAGAGUGCCUGAAAGGAAAGGCACUUCACUGUCCUCCGAGGGCAUUCUGAGCCUGGAGGGGUGCUCAUCCACAGCCGGUGGAAGCAAGCGUGUCCUUUCUCCAGCUGGCAGCCUUGAACUUACCAUGGAAACCCAGCAGCAGAAAAGGGUAAAGGAGGAGGAGGCUUCCAUGGCAGAUGAAAAACUGGAGCUGGUGAGCACUUGCGGUGUGGUGCUGACCGGUACAGAGGACAGGCAGAGGACAGAGAAGCCCUAUGUGGGCAGCCAAGGCCAGAGCAGGAGGGAGACAGAAACACUGUCCAGCUUGCCUUCAGAUCCAUCUGACCCAAAAGAGCUUUCUCCCCUCUCCCAUCCUACAUUGCCCCAUGGGGCAGCCCCAGGCUCGGAAGCUUUGAAGGAAUAUGCUCAACCAACUAGCAAAGCUCACCGGAGAGGAGUGCCUCCACUGAGUAUAAAGAAAGAAGAUCCAAAGGAACAGCCUGACCUCCCUCCCCUGGCACCCCCUUGCUCUCUGCCUCUGUCGGAUACUUCCCUGAAACCAGCCAAAUUGCAAGAAGGUACAGACUCAAAGAAGGUACUGCAGUUCCCCAGCCUCCACACGACCACUAAUGUCAGUUGGUGCUAUUUAAACUACAUUAAGCCAAAUCACAUCCAGCAUGCAGAUAGGAGGUCCUCUGUUUACGCUGGUUGGUGCAUAAGUUUGUACAACCCCAACCUUCCAGGGGUUUCCACUAAAGCUGCUUUGUCCCUUCUGAGAUCUAAGCAGAAAGUGAGCAAAGAGACAUACACCAUGGCCACAGCUCCACAUCCUGAGGCAGGAAGGCUGGUGCCAUCCAGUUCCCGAAAGCCCCGAAUGACAGAGGUGCACCUCCCAUCGCUGCUUUCCCCGGAGAGCCAGAAAGACCCAGCUAGAGUAGAGAAGGAAGAAAACCAAGGGAAGGCAGAGGAGGGUACUCCCGCUUCCAAGAGAGGAGAGCCGGCGAGGGUCAAGAUCUUCGAAGGAGGGUACAAAUCAAAUGAAGAGUAUAUAUAUGUGCGAGGCCGCGGCCGAGGGAAAUAUGUUUGUGAGGAAUGUGGAAUUCGCUGCAAGAAGCCCAGCAUGCUGAAGAAACACAUCCGCACCCACACUGACGUCCGACCUUAUGUGUGCAAGCGCUGUCACUUUGCUUUUAAAACCAAAGGGAAUCUGACUAAGCACAUGAAGUCGAAAGCCCACAGCAAAAAGUGCCAAGAGACGGGGGUGCUGGAGGAGCUGGGAGCCGAAGAAGGAACCAGUGAUGACCUCUUCCAGGACUCCGAGGGGCAGGAGGGCUCCGAGGCUGUGGAGGAACACCAGUUUUCAGACCUGGAGGAUUCGGACUCCGACUCAGACCUGGAUGAAGAGGAGGAAGAGGAAGAGGACGAGAGCCAGGAUGAGCUGUCCAGGCCCUCCUCAGAGGCAGCUCCACCCUGCCUGCCAACCACACUACAGGAGGACUCCUCACCCAUUCAGGGCCCUCAGCCUCCAGUUACCACUUCCGACGAGGUCCAGCAAGGCAGCUCCAUCUCAGAAGCCGCACACUUGACAGCCAGCAGUUGUUCCGCACCUAGCCGGGGUACCCCAGACCUUCUCCGGCUGGGACCGGCCCCAGUGGAGACCGACACGAGCUCAGCUCUGAGUUCCAAGGCUAUGUCCCCUAGGAGGCCAUGGUCCCCAAGUAAAGAAGCAGGCAGCCGCCCCUCACUUACUCGCAAACAUUCACUCAGCAAAAAUGACUCAUCUCCCCAGCGAUGGUCACCGACCCAAGAAGCGCAGGCCUCAGUCACGAGCACACCUGGCCCCCAAGUGGGCCCAGGAAGGAACAUGGGCCCUCGUCUUUGUGGGUCCCCAAGACUGGAGCUGUCUCCUCUCACUCCCUACCCCAUAGGAAGAGAAGUGCCCCCUUGGGCACCUCUGUCCCCUGGACCCAAGAGUGCCAUAGACACAGGCGCCCCCAGAUAUUCACCCACCAGGAAAUGGUCUCUGGGUCAGGCUGAGUCGUCACCACAGACAGUGCUGCCAGGGAAGUGGGCCCUGGCUGGGCCCUGCAGCCCCUCAGUGGGCAAGUGUAGCCUGGGCUUGGGGCCAGUUCCACAGGCUCUCCUCCAGCCCGUGCCUCUACCUCACACACUUCUCAGCAGAAGCCCUGAAAUGUGCACCUCUGUAAGGAAGACUGAGUCUCGAAGUCCAUCCUGCUCAGCUGGCCCUGUUCCUCUCUCCCCGCGACCAUUCUCUGCCCCUCAUGACUUCCACGGCCACCUCCCUAGCCGAAGUGAGGAGAACCUCUUCAGUCACCUGCCUCUGCACUCCCAGCACCUGAGCCGCGCCCCCUGCCCCCUCAUUCCGAUUGGUGGAAUCCAGAUGGUACAGGCCCGGCCAGGAGCCCACCCCACCCUGCUACCAGCGGCCUGUGCGUCCUGGGUCAGUGGCUUCUCAGGAGGUGGCAGUGACCUAACAGGGGCCCGAGAAGCCCAGGAGCGCAGCCGGUGGAGUCCCACAGAGAGCCCUUCAGCAUCGGUGUCCCCUGUGGCCAAGGUCUCCAAGUUUACACUCUCUUCAGAGCUGGAGGAGGAAAGGACCAGCAGAGGCCCAGGAAGACCUCCUGACUGGGCACCUCAGAGGGCUGAAGCCCCUGCAGAACCCAUGGGCACACACAGCCCCUGCUCCCCACAGCUGCCCCGGGGCCACCAGGGAGCAUCAUCCUGGAGUGCUCCCUUGGAGUCACCACACACACUGGCCAACCGCAAGGCGUCCAGCUUCCCACCGCUGGACCGCAGCAGCUCCGCGGACUGCCUGGCAGAGGCCUCCACUCACUUCCCAGCCCGGAGCAGGAACCUCUCUGGGGAACCUAGGACCCGUCAAGGCUCCCCUGAGACCUUAGGUAGUGGGGAGCCCAGGACACCUCAAUUCCUGCCCAAAGACAGAGGCCCCCCAAGUACCUAGCCUCUCCAGCCACUUUAUCUGGCUUCCAGUGUUCAGCAGCAGACAUUUCCAGCCAACUUCCUGGAGUUCCCUUGCUUCCAUGGGCGUCUUCUCUGUCCGUCUGCCCUCGCGGCUCCUGCUCAGACCCAUCUAUUAUAUUGUUCCACAUGUGCA